CAUGUGUUAUAACAACAGACACCAUCUUUAUUUCAAUUAGGGCAACUGAGUGCAACCGCGAGGGCACAGACCGCCCUGGAUGGGUGUGUGUUUAAGCGUGUGUCUGGUUAAGUGUGUGUAUGCGAUUAAGUUUGUGUUUAAGUACGUGCACGUGCGCGUGCGUGCGAGGUAAACGUCACAGCUUGCCGAGAAAGCCUCCGCGAGCGCGCGCCACACUUCCUCAAUCGACGGAAUCACGGAGAGAAAAAACCGACAGGAAGAGAAAGAGCAACUUUCAUCGUGCAGUGGAAAAAAAAGAUUCAACGGAGAGUUUGCACGACGAGGAGAGGUGACCUGAGUACUCGUCAUCAUGGCUCCUUUCUUGAGGAUUGCCUUUAACUCGUAUGAGUUAGGUGUCCUGCCGCCUCUGGCUGACCCUCCUUUCUGUGCGAUCAAGAUGAAGGAAGCGUUGACGACUGAACGAGGUAAGACCUUGGUUCAGCGGAAACCCACCAUGUACCCGGCCUGGAAGUCCAGCUUUGAUGCGCACAUCUAUGAGGGCCGUGUGCUUGAGGUACUGCUGAUGAAGACAGCAGAGGAGCCCUUGGCUGAGGUCACUGUUGGUGUAUCUGUCCUUGCUGAGCGCUGCAAGAAAGCCAACGGGCGUGCUGAAUUCUGGGUGGAUCUCCAUCCUUCUGGAAAAGUGAUGAUGGCAGUGCAGUAUUUUCUGGAAGAUGUGGAUACAGAGAGAAAGCAGCCUGGGAAGGAAGAAGAGGCGCCUACUCUGAACCGCAGACGAGGGGCCAUCAAGCAGGCCAAGAUCCACUUCAUAAAGAACCAUGAGUUCAUCGCCACAUUCUUCAGACAACCAACUUUCUGCUCUGUGUGCAGAGACUUUGUGUGGGGACUCAACAAGCAAGGCUAUAAAUGCAGACAAUGUAAUGCAGCCAUCCACAAGAAAUGCAUAGACAAAAUCAUUGGAAGAUGUACUGGUACUGCUGCCAACAGUCGGGAUACUGUGUUCCAGAAGGAACGCUUUAAAAUUGACAUGCCGCACCGCUUCAAGAUCAACAAUUACAUGAGUCCAACCUUCUGCGACCACUGUGGAAGCCUGCUGUGGGGUCUGGUCAAACAAGGCCUCAAAUGUGAAGAUUGUGCCAUGAAUGUCCACCACAAAUGUCAGGAUAAAGUUGCCAACCUGUGUGGUAUCAAUCAGAAACUACUAGCUGAAGCACUUACACAAGUCAGUCAGAAAUCAUCCACUCGUCGUUCAGAUCCAAACCUGCCUGCUCUACCUGAUAUUGGAAUCUAUGAUGAGGUCAACAAGCUCGCUGCACUUGACAUCACUGAUGGAUCCCCCUAUGGCAGGCUGUGGGAUGGGUCCAGCACACGGCCACAGUCUCGUAUUACCCACCUAACCCGGAUCAAUGUGGACAACUUUGUCUUCCACAAGGUCUUAGGAAAAGGCAGCUUUGGCAAGGUUCUCCUGGCAGAGCUGAAGGGCCGUGGAGAGUAUUUUGCUGUAAAGGCUCUGAAGAAAGACGUAGUGCUGAUGGAUGACGAUGUGGAGUGCACUAUGGUAGAGAAGAGAGUCUUGGCUUUGGCCUGGGAGAACCCCUUCCUGACACACCUUUACUCCACCUUCCAGACCAAGGAGCAUCUGUUCUUUGUGAUGGAGUAUCUGAAUGGAGGUGACCUGAUGUUUCAUAUUCAGGAGAAGGGCCGCUUUGACCUCUUCAGAGCUAUGUUCUACUCAGCUGAGAUCAUUUGCGGACUUCAGUUCUUACAUUCCAAAGGGAUCAUCUACAGAGAUCUUAAGUUGGAUAAUGUGAUGCUGGAUCAUGAGGGGCACAUCAAGAUCGCUGACUUUGGCAUGUGUAAGGAGAACGUGUUUGGAGAGAAUCGCGCCACAACUUUCUGUGGCACUCCUGACUACAUCGCUCCAGAGAUCCUGCUGGGGCAGAAGUACUCAUUCUCUGUGGACUGGUGGUCAUUUGGGGUGUUGCUGUAUGAGAUGCUGAUCGGUCAGUCGCCCUUUCAUGGAGAUGAUGAGGACGAGUUGUUUGAGUCCAUCCGCAUGGACACUCCCCACUAUCCUCGCUGGAUCAACAAGGAAGCCAAAGACUUGCUGGAGAAGUUGUUUGAAAGAGACCCCAGUCGCAGGCUAGGGAUUGUGGGUAAUAUCCGGUUGCACUCCUUCUUCAAGACCAUUAACUGGCAAGCUUUGGAGAUGAGAGAGAUCGAACCCCCGUUCAAACCUAAAGUGAAAGCACCGAACGACUGCAGCAACUUUGAUCGGGAGUUCCUCAGUGAGAAGCCUCGUCUGUCCCACAGCGAUAAGAACUUCAUAGACUCCAUGGACCAGUCGGCAUUCGCUGGUUUUUCGUUCAUAAACCCCAAGAUGGAGCACCUUUUAGAAAAGUGAUUAUUGUCUGACUCUGGUUACCUCCCUACUGUUCAUUGGAAAAUUCACUUAACUUAAUCCAUGUGAGUGAGCUGUUCCAUAAUCAGUAUUGAUGAAACCUUAUUUUAAGCACAAACUUAUCUCUGUGGGUACGUAUAAAAUGACAAAACGGGCCCUUUACUGUAUAUAUUGGUGUUGUGUUCAAGUGCAUGCUUAUUAUUAGUCUGAGUUGUGAAGGCCUCUCUGAGAAAUAAUAUAAGGACGGGGGGUUAAAAAUCCUCACAUUCCACUUGACAUCAUUGGUAACAUCUGCAGCCAUUCUGUGUCCCUUUUACAUUCAAAUUUAACCCAAAUGGGGAAAAUCAAACGAAGAGGGGGGUGGAGAAUCUGUAUAAUUAAACUGUACUGUGUACUUUUGAUGUAGAUUGUUUGUGUGAAUGAGGUGACUGCAUGUAUAAAAAUCUCAGAUCAUGACAGACUACCUGUCCUUAAAACUUACCUUAAUUAUGAAUGUUGUCUGUUUUUGAACUGUCUGAUUUUUUUUGCUUUUUGACUUGAUGAAUCAGAAGAGAAGGAUAGGAAAAAAGAGAACUUCUGGUUUUUGUGGUUGACUGAACAGUGCCAUGUAAAGAUCAAACUUACAGCUACAGAUGUUCUCAGCUGUACUGAAAGGAUGGGGUGGACUUGGUGCAGUCAUGGAUGCAAAAACUGUGGGUGGAAAGUCGCAAAUGCUGUAUGUAGAUAAUAUAUGUAUAUUGUUGUAACAUGUAUAUUGGUUCACUGAGGAUGUAAUUUUUUUUACUGUCUCCAUAUUUUACAUCUGAUUAAAAAAGCAUCAGCUCCCCUGUA